AUGGAUGGUGAAAGCAACACCACAGUGAACAAAUUCCCACUCUUUGGCCUCACUGGAUCUAUAGUGGUGAGAAACUUCAUCAUCAUGGUGCUGCUUAUCUGUGAGCCCAGACUUCAAACAUCCAUGUAUAUUUUGCUGGGAAAUUUCUCUUUUCUGGAUUGCUGUUACUCCUCUAUGGCUGCCCCCAAGAGGUUAACUGGCUUCCUCUCCCCACCACAGACAAUCUCUUUUGUGGGCUGCAUGGUCCAAAUUUUCUUUUUCCACUUCACCAGAGGAAUUAAAAUCUUUCUCCUUACUGUCAUAGUCUACGAUCAUUACGUGGCUAUCUUCCAUACACUUCGUUACAUGAUUGUGAUUAAUCAGAUGGUGUGUGAAUGGCUACUAGUAACAUGUUUGGUAGGGGGCUUCCUUUACUCUGUUAUCCAAGUGGCCAUCAUUGUUCAGCUCUCAUUCUGUGGUCCUAAAGAGCUGGACAAGUUUUACUGUGAUGUACCUCAAGUAGUCAAAUUGGUCUGCACAGACACCAUCGUGAUGGAGCUGUUGAUGAUAUCCAGUAAUGGCCUAGUAACCGUUCUUUGCUUUACUGUAUUAGUCAUUUCUUAUUCCAUCCUUUUAGUCAAUCUGAAUAGUCAUGCCAGUCAAGAGCAACACGAUGGUCUUUCUACCUGUUUCUCCCACAUCACUGUGAUCACAGUCAUCUUUGGACCUUGUAUCUGCAUCUAUACCAGGCCUUUUACCUCCUGCUCCACGGACAAAGCAAUCUCACUUCUCUGCACAAUUAUCACACCUAUCUUGAACUGGUGUCCAUGA